AUGCUGAGUGAAAAGCAGGAUACACUAACCAUCUUUUAUUGGUUAGGACAGUUGUUAAAUGAUGGAGUUUCAAUUCCCCAAGAAGUGGUUUGCGAUUGGUCCAAAGCAUUGUUGGGUGACAUUACCAGGGCUUUUUGCAAUGGACUUUCGUUACAUGAUUGUGUAAACAACUGUAUGGCUGCAUUAAAUGGAAAUAAUUCAGCAAGACCCGUUUGCUACUUACGAGUUGAUGUUGCUCAUUUAAUCAAGUUGGUAUGUAGGUGGACGUGUUGGAAAGGCAAGCGAACAAUCAGAUUAAAGGAAUGUUAUGUAUGA